AAGACUCGAAUUUUGACGAGCAGACUAGUACUGCUUAAGAAAAUGAUUCGUUUACUUUUAAUUGUAGCUUUAUUUUCGUUGGUCAUUUGUGCUCCAGUGGAUGACGCAGACAGAAGAAUACUCGGUGACACUCAACCAGGUGCGAUGGGUCAAUUUCAAUUCAUUGUAUCAAUUCGUCGAACCGGAACAAACCAAGUUCAUUUGGGUAGUGGAGCUUUAAUUGGACCAACAUGGAUAUUAAGUGCUUCUUCACUUACUUCAUUAUUUGUCCGACCUGCUGAUAUGACAAUUGCCUUUGGAGUUGUUAAUGUUCCUACGGUUGUUGCUCCAGGUUUUACACUUGCUGCUCAAGAAUUUGCAACAAAUGAAGGCCUUGCAUUAAUUCGUACUCUGGCUGUGACAUGCAAUACUGCGCGAUUUGGAUUUAUAUCGCCAAUUUUCAUGGAUAAUACAGUUCAUCCAAAUGACGUUUCUGACGCUUUAGUUGCUGGUUGGGGUCAAACUGCUAGCGGUCCAACUACUCAAUUAAGAUUCAGAAAGGUUGCAACUGUUGACUUAUGUGGCACCCAGACAUCAUUUUGCACAACUGGAGUAUUAUGCGCAACUGACAUUGGCAAUCCAUUGAUCACAGCAUCUGGAUUGAUAGGAAUUGCAACAACAACGCCGUGCGUCGGAGGAACUGAUCUGUAUGAUCGAAUUUCAUUUUACCGAAUGUGGAUUCAUAUUGUUACUGGUAUUUAGUUGUAUCCAGCAAUAGAACUGGUGAAAUACUGAUAAAUGUUUAAAAUAUUACUUUAAGCAACCUAAUUCUAAGCUUACAAUCAAGUUCAAAUAUUUUGAGAGAUUAAAGAACGUAAAUAAACUUUAGCCACAAAUUAAUUUGAAAUGUGACCUUAUUAUGAAGUCAAUUUUAGCUUUUACUUUCUUAUCUAUCUGUUUCAUUAUUUUAUAAAGCAAAGUUAAGUCCAGG